AAAUGUUCUAAGUGUCAACCCUCUGGCGCGCACUGUAUUUUAUAAAAUAUAGGUUAUGUUUUUUUCUUUAAUUUUGACAAAAGUAAAAGUUCUUAUUCUAGUUCAGUUCUUAUAUUAGUUGGUAGUCUGUAGAAAAUAAUUGUCUCGGAAAGUUUUAAAUAUAAUUAUAGUUCACGUAUUUUUGUCUAAGUUAUAAACUGUUAUUAAAUGCCUUAUGAAGUAGUAUUUAUGAAGUAGAAACCUUAUACCCUAUUAUUCGAAUAUCAUUGGUGGAAACUGGAAGGAACUGGAACCAUUGAGUCAAUGCAACAUGUCAACAUAGUCACAACUGAUUUACCCGUGUUGACUCAAAUAUCGAAGUUUUCUAUAGGUAGCUAAGCGUAGGUAGGGUUUGCACCGGAUAUUUCCCUCCGGAGAUCUUUAACUUUUUCAACUCUCUUCGGCGUAGUACCAUUGCAGCAAUACCUAUAUUAUUGCGACAGAAAAAGGCAAGCCAAAAAGUAGGUGCAUUGGUUGCGCCUCUGUUUACCUCUUCGAGGUUUAAAGGUGUGUUUAAAAAAAGGUCAUCAGAAAAGGGGCAGCGAACAUUUUUUGGCCCAGGAGACCUGAAUAGCUGAGACCAGGAUUUGUUGCAGCGGGCAGACGAGGAUGUCGGCGGUGGUGUUGCGCGCAGCCGCUCGGUGCACGAGCUCGGCGGCGGGCGGGCGCAUGCGCGCGUGGCGGGUGCACGGCUACGAGCCCGCCGAGCCGCGGCUGGAGGAGGCGCGCGUGCCGGCGCUGCGCGCGCCCGACGAGCUGCUGGUGCGCGUGCACGCCGCCUCCGUCAACCCUCUCGACGUCGCCAUGCUAGGCGGGUACGGCGCGCGCGUGCUGAACACGCUGCGCGCGGCGGAGGGCGGCGAGGGCGUGGAGUUCCCGCUGGUGCCGGGGCGCGACUUCGUGGGCGUGGUGGAGCGCGCGGGCGCGGCGGCGCGGCUGCGGCGCGGCGAGCGCGUGUGGGGCGUGGUGCCGCCGCACCGGCAGGGCACGCACGCACAGUACGUCGUCGUACGCGACUCCUGGGCGGGGCCGGCGCCGCGCGCGCUGGCGGACGCGGCGGCGGCGGGCGCGCUGUACGCGGGGCUGACGGCGUGCGGCGCCGUGCGGGCUGCCGCGCCGCGCCCGCGCGCUCGCGUGCUGCUGCUGGGGCUGGGCGGCGUGGGGCACGCGGCGCUGCAGCUGCUGGUGCGCGAGCGCGCGAACGUGGUGGUCGGCUGUUCGCCCGACCUGUGUGCGCGUGCGCUACAACUGGGCGCCGUCGACGCACUCGACCGUCUCGCGCCCGACUAUGAUGCGCAACUGGAACGUGCCGGCCCGUUCGACGCAAUCGUGGACUGCGCCGGCCUCGGCGGUUGGGAAGCGAGCGCACGACGCUGGCGGUUCGGGCGCUAUGUGACGCUGACGACUCCGUUAUUGCGAGAGGCCGACGAGCGAGGAUUGGGUUUGGGAUUCGCAUCGGCCGCACUGAGUUUGCUGGCGCAGAACGCGCGCGCCUGUAGUGCGCAGUCCGCGCGUCCGCCCGGCGCUGCCGUGUGGGCGCCCCCGCACGUGCGUUGGGUGUACUUCAUGCCGCGCGCCGCGGACAUCGAGCUGCUGCGGCGGCUGGCGGAGGCGGGGCAGUUCUCGGUGUGCGUGGAGCGCGUGUACGCGUGGGCGGCGGCGCGCGAGGCGUACGCGCGCGCGGCGGGCGGCGGGGCGCGCGGCAAGCUCGUGCUGGACUUCACCGACCCGACGGACCCGACACAACAGUAACAGCUUAUAUAUCGCGACAUGAGCCGAGCGGGCGACACCACAGAACACAUUAUUAUUAUGAAUAAAUUUAGAACGCAUAUCGUCCACUGUUAGUAUCAGUUCCGAUAGUCCCAAAAGCAAACAUGUACUUACUUACACACCAGAGCGUGAAUUGUCACUAAAAUUAAUACGGUGACAAACAAUAAUUGUGGUGUGUAAUGUUAGAGCAAUAAAACAAAACUUGUAAUUAUAACACACAGUUUCUUUGGACAGGGACGCUCAAGUGACUGCUUCACUUUACACAGUUAUGCUUUGUGGUUUAUAACUAACAUGUUCACCAUAGACACAACAGAUGGCGCUAUUAAUUAUUUUGGUACAGAUCUAACAACCGCACUUACCAAAAUAAUAUGGGCACACAACAAUUAACAGUUUCUCAAAAAAAUAUUAAACAUUUUUUACAUUCUGUAUACCUAACAACUGCAUAAAAUAAUAAUGCUUAGUGUUACCCAAUCCCUUUGUAAAAAGGUCCGCAGGCAUUUCAGCAGUUUCUAAAUACUUAAGUUCUACAAACUUUUUAGUAACACAUUCUUUACAAAAAUGGUAGCGGACAUCUAUAUGUUUAGUUCUUUUAUUGAAGCAAUUAUUUGAGAUCAACUUAAUUGCACCCUGAUUAUCAUUAAAUAAAUUAAUGGUGUAUGACUCAACAGUUAUUUCUUUUAACAAAAUAAUCAAAUAAAUUGCUUCCCUGCAAGCAUCAGUUAUGCCCAUGUAUUCAGCUUCAGUACUUGAGAGGGCAACUGUUUUUUGUUUCUUUGCCUCUCAUGAAACUACACUACCUGCUAACAUAAAACAUAAACCUGUAUAAGAUCUUCUGUCUAUAACAUUAUUCCCCCAAUCUGCAUCUACAAACCCUUCUAAAUUUGACUUACCACAUUUAGUAUAUUUUAAUCCAAAAUGUUUAGUUUUCUUAAGAUAUUUCAAAAUUCGUUUUGCAUAUGCCCAAGUUUCAAGAUUAUAGCAAUUAUUAAAUUGACUCAGAAAACUAACUGAAUAUGCAAUGUCACGUCUAGUCAACACAGCUAAAUACAUUAGCCCACCAAUGAGUUGCUGAUAGGGUAUACGCUUUUCACAAUUGUUAUUAAAGUUAAUAUUUAAUUUAGUCUCUAAAGGUGUGUCAGCUACUUUACAACCUGCCAUAUUAAAUUUAUUUAAUAACUGAUUAAUAUAAUUUUCUUGGCUUAAUGUAACUGUGCCUUUAACUUUAUCAAUAUUAACAGCCAUUCCUAAACAAUUUUUAACCUGACCUAAAUCUUUUAUUUUGAACUUUGAAGCCAAUACCUUUUUUAAAUUAUUACAUUCACUAAUAUCAUUUGUAAACACAAAAAAGUCAUCUACAUACAAGGUUACUAUUGUCUUUUUAUGAUCAUUAUUUUUUGUGUACAAACAUGGUUCUAAUUUAUAUCGCUUAUAACCAAGGCUAACUAGAUAAUCAUCCACUUUCCUAUACCAGGCCCUUGAGGACUGCUUAAGACCAUAUAUAGCUCGGUUUAAUUUAACUACCGUUUUAUUACAGUUAUCUUUAGAUUCUAGCAAACAUUCAGGUGCUUCCAUAUAGAUUGUUUCCUCAAGGUCCCCAUUUAGGAAUGCUGUAGUGACAUCAAGGUGCAUAACUUCUAACCCAAGUUUCACAGAUAAUGCAAACAAUAACCUUAAGGUUGAAUGCCUAACCACAGGUGAAAAAGUUUCUACAUAGUCUACAUUUUGCUUCUGCAUAUAGCCUUUGGCUACCAAACGAGCACGGUAUCUAAUGUUAUUAUCAUUGUCUAGUUUUUUACGUAGCACCCACUUACACUUCACUACAGUUUCACCCUUCUUUGGCUUAUCCACUAGCUCCCAUGCAUUGCUGUCCUCAAAAGACUGAAGUUCCUCCUUGACUGCCAAUAGCCAAUUUUCCUUUUCUGCUCCCUGUAAUGCUUCUUCUAGGGAUAGUCCAUUUGCAUCAUCAAAUGCUUCCUCAGAUAUACACAUAUUAGUCAUCCGAUAUCGCUCAGGCUUCCUCUUGGUUCGGAUGGGUCUUACCCGCUUCUCAGGUAAGUCAUAACCAUCUUCAUGUUCACUGGGAACAUAAGGGUCAUCUGGGUAAUCUGAUGGUUUACAUACUGUAUCACCUCCAAUCACAUCUUCUGAACUUGAUGUGUCCUUGUCAGAUAUCUCCCGCACUGAAGAUGAAUUUUCUAUAUUUUCAAUAAUCGGUAAGCUAACAUCAAGAUUCUUUUCUUCUUCCAUGACAAUAACAUCCCUGCUUAUUAUCACACGUUUUGUUCUAGGGUUGAAUAUUCGAUAACCUUUGAUGUCAUCUGGAUAGCCCACAAGAAUGUGCUUUUCUGAUUUUCUGUCCCAUUUAUGGCGCCUCUCUUUAGCAACAUGGGCCAUGACGGUGCUACCAAAUAUUCUGAGGUGACUUAUAUCAGGCUCACAGCCAGUCCAGACUUCAUAAGGAGUUCUUUCAUUUAAAGUAAGUAAACAGCAGUAUUAGUGGCUUCUGCCCAGAACUCUUUACCCAUACCUGCAUCAAAUAGCAGACACCUGGCUUUCUCUACAAUAGUACGAUUAUUGCGCUCUGAUAAGCCAUUUUGUUCAGGGGUAUAUGGGGUAGUCCUUUGAUGAAUUAUACCCUCCUCUUUGAGAAAUGAAUCAAAUUUCUUAUUACAGUACUCACAUCCGUUGUCACUUCUUAGAAUCUUUAUUUUCUUAUUACUUUGUUUUUCAACUUUAGCUUUAAAUUCUUUGAAACAUCUUAAAGCUUCAUUUCUGUGUUUAAUGAAAUAAACAAACAACAUACGACUAUAGUCAUCAAUAAAUAGUAUAAAGUAUCUGGAACCAGCAAGUGAUUCAUGCUCCAUAGGUCCACAAAUAUCAGUAUGGACUAAAUGAAGCAAUUCUUUUGCUUCUUGAACCUUCAUUUCCAAAUGGUAAACGACACUGUUUGCCUUCACAACAGAUUGUACAUGUUGCCUUACCAAAAUCUACCUUUUCUUGAAGAUUCAUACCUUCAACAGCUAUUUUCAUCUUACUAAGAUAUUUGUCAUUAAGAUGGCCUAAUCUGCGAUGCCAUAUAUUACUUGACACUGACAAAUUUGCUGCUAAAUUUUCAGGCACUUUUAAUUUGUAUACACCAUUAUUCAACAUAGCUGUAGCGACCAGUUCGCCUUUUUUGUUGAAGACUUCACAACCAUUCUUGGUAAAUUUUACUGUAUUACCGGUCUUUAUUAACUGGCUGACUGACAGUAAGUUAGUAGUCAAACCUGGAGCACACAAUACGUUCUUGACUGUAACUUCAAAUUCACAUUGAUCAGUCUUUGUAACAAUAUUCACAUCGCCGGUAAACAAUACUUGCAAUCUCUCACUGUUAGCGAUACAAAUACGAUAAAAAAAAAAA